AAAGAGCCUGGGCUGGUCCUGCUGCUGCCCCUCCCCUGCAAUGAGAGAAACAGAGGCUGAGAGGCACUCAGAGCAGCAGAGAAAAGGAGAGCGAGUGAGAGACAGAGACGGGACUGGCUCCUAAGGAGAUGGGAAAGCCCCUGGCAGAGACAGGGCGUUGAGGUGGGAGGAGAGGUCCCAGGCAGCCCUGGUCAGGACCACACUCAUCAGCAUGAAGAUGGGGCCCGGGGGGCCGAGAUCAUGGCUCUUGGUCACUGACCACAGGGGAAGCUCUUUGGCAAUAUCAGAAAAGAAGAAGCCAGAUUAUAAACGGAAGUGCUGCCCAUCCUGGGCAGGCAUGUUUGGGGAGGGCUCCCACCCUCCAGUCCUCGGAAGGAGCCUGGUCCUGCCUCUCCGGGGGUCAGAUUAGCCUGAGGCAGCCCCUCCACAGAGCCUCCCCUCUGGCCUAGAGGCUCUGCUUGUUCUCUCAUCCUCCGAGGAGAGCGAGGAGAGCGAGGCGAUGGGCCUGCCCCUGCUGCCCCCUGCUGCGCUGCCCCUGCUGCCGCCAGCAGCUCUGCAGGCUGGUGGCUCAGCAAAAUGCACUUCAAACCUUGAUUUUGACGUCAAACAACCAGAGCACCUCUCAGCCCUUGAGGGUGGCUCCAUCGACAUCCCCUUCUCCUUCUGUUACUCCUGGGAGUUAGCCCGUGAUCCCAACGUGCAUAUAUCCUGGAGAUGGAGAAAUUUCCAUGGAGAGUUCAUAUACAACACAACCCCGCCGUUCACCCAUAAGGCUUUUAAAAACCGCCUCUCCCUGAACUGGGCAAAGGGCCAGAGGAACGGCUCCCUCCGGAUCUCCAACCUGCGGAGAGAGGAUGGACGUAGCUACUUCUGCCGAGUCCAGUUGACCACACGGAACAAAGGCGAGAAAGGGUGGCAGUCCAUCCCCGGGACCAAACUCACCAUCACCAGAGCCACUGAGAAAACCACCAAGGACCCCACCAGCACCAACACCACCACCACAGAUGGCCUCGGUGUCCCAGGGAACAAAGGGCGAUCAGGGUUUUGGCCCUUGAGUAAAGAAGUUGUGGUCAGCAUGGCAGUGGUCAGCACUGUGCUCAAAAUUGCAAUUUUAGGACUGAUGGUCUACCUCAGGUGGAAGAGAAGCAAAGGUGAGUGGUCCAGCACCCUGCCCUCUCCCCAGGCUUCCCAACUGGGUGUUUCUCCUAAUCACCUGCACCAGGAUGAUUGCAGAUCCCUGCUGGGUUGAGGUCUAGUCUUGGGAAUCGUCAUUGUUAAUGAUCUCCACAAGUGCUGUCUGGGAGUGAUCAAGUUUGAAAAUCAUGGCUCUAAACCAGUCCCUCUCCACAACUUUUCUUUACUUAAUCAUUUCUCAUCUGUCCUCUCCUUUUUGUUCAUGGAGAGGGAAGGGUCUGCCAUGAAAAAUUGAGAGAGAAGAAGAAACAGGAAGUUGACUGAGCUCAGCAAGCAUUGGUGGGAUACCUGUUUUCUAGGGCCUGACUUGUAAUUAGAGAUACAAAAGUAAACAAAGCAGAGACCCUUUCAUGGAACUAAUUGGGGAGGGGAGGGGAGGGGAGGGGCCAGUUGCCUGAAGGGCUUAUUGCUUCAUUUGGAAAGAGCUAAAGUAGUUGCGAUAAAGGAGGGGGUAACCAAGGAGGACUUCCCAGAGGAAGUGACACCUGCAAAAAAGUCUCAAAGAAUAAAAAAUAAUUAGCCAGGCAAGUGGCAAGGAUGGUGUAGAGGUCACUGUUCUUUCAGGAGAAGGAAACCAUUUGUGGAACUGUAAGUAGCUCAGUGCUAUGGAGGAGGCAGGAGAUGGGGAAAGAGGACCUUGUAAAUCACAUCCAAGAGCCUUAGAUCCCAGUGGCAAUGUGAAGCAGCCAGAUGGCAACCUCACUUGGUAUUGCAGAUACAUCCAGUCUGCAGUGGAGGGACCAGGACAUUAGACUUCCCCAUCCAGUCCAAUGCAGUGCCAGCUUGAGUGGAAAGAGAGCGACAGAUCUUGGAAAAGGUUAAAAAGGAACAAGUAAGAUAUGGGGGUUGGAUUGAUGUAGGUGUGAGGGAGCCAGAAGUCCCAUGUUUACAACUUGGGUGAACAGGCUGAUGAUGAACCUACCAAGUGAAUUAGGAAACAUAAAAGGUCAAAGACCAUGGUUCAAGGAGAAAAAUGAUUCUUCAACUAGAUGAGCAUCAGCACUUAUAAUUAUUAAGCUACAAUAAUUAAAGUGAUGCAAUGCUAGCAUAUAAAAGAUAAA